UCAUGUCUCAAUUUGGGAAGUAGAAGAAGCAAAAGCCAUGAGUGGUGCUCUAAUUCUUCUCCCUUCAGCUCCGAUUCCUUCAAAACCCUUCACAGUCUCUUCUGCUUCUUCUUCUUCAUCAUCUUCUUCUGCUUCCUUUUCUCUCUUCAGAAACUCAUCUAUCUCAUUUCAGCCUCUUAAAUCAGCAACAGCACCAAUUAAAAAACCAUCCACUUUCCGUGAUUUUAGGGUUAGAGCUGAUGAUGGAGACGCAGAUGGAGGAAGUCCAGAUGAUUAUGAUAUGGAAGAUGAAGAAAUGGAAGAAGUUGAUAACAAAAAAGAUUACGAUGUAGAGUAUGAAAAUCUUCUUACUGUUUCACGCUUUUCUACUUCUUCUACCGGUGGGGAUGAAAUUGAAAUGUCUGAACAGAGUAAGAGCUUUGUUUCUACACAAGGUUGGGAUUCUGAGAUGGUUGUUGAUUAUAGGAUUAACGAAGAAGAAUUCCAUAAGAUAUGUUUACUAGAGUGUGAUUUUUUCAUUAGGAAACCUCCUGAUCCUGAUAAUGAUGUCUAUGAUUUCCGUGAGAUGUAUGUAACGCCUCCAGAUACAGAUGUUUAUUCAAUCCCUAGGGUUUUAGCACCAAUGCCGCAGAAGUAUAUUCGAUGUGCAAAAAGCGAUUAUGGAUGCUACAAUGUGACUGAGCCUCCAAUUGACGCACCUCGUGAUCCAAUGUACAAGUCAGAAAGGGAAAUUGCGAAGGUGUUCUUAUCAAAACACUACAGAAAUAGGAGAUCAGGUGACCCUGAUUUCGUAGUCGAUUUUGAAGAAAUCUAUGUUAUCGACUCAAAAACAAAGUCAAUCACCAGAGCAAAAGUUCUGGUUACGGUUCCAGGCGGACGAGACAGGGAUAGGAAGAACGACAUGCUUAUCAUACGUGACAAUGGGAACUCUUUCAAAAUUAUUGAUAGGAGUGAAAGGGCUGACCCAACAACUGUUAUAGAAAGAGAAGAAUGGAUUAAAACUAGACAAGAUAUGGAGAGACACCUCCGAAAGCUUCGGGACUUCAGUGUCUCAAAUUGGUUCUAAUCGCCUCUGGAGUUCGUAAGUCUGUCGUAGGAAAAGCUUGACGUAAAUUGAGAUUCGAAGGAUGAGACACUUGUAUGCUAUCUCGGAUUAUCCGCUAUAUGACAAAGUGUGCUAGUAUGUUCAAACUCUCGUUUCUUAUUCCAAGGGAAGUUGAGAGUAACUUAUUGGGCUGUUGUAACAUUAUCAUCAUGGUAAUGCAGUAAUUGUAGAUAACUUGCUUCUUAUUUUCUCUGAUAUAACUUACAUAGAAGUGUUUAUCCUAGGAAAUUUUGGUGUGUCGAGCGUAAAAUAGUGCUUUCGCUUAAUUAUAUUGGGAAGAGUUGGUGAUAGCAUAUUUGUAUCCCAAAAACAGGGAAAUUAAAUUUAAGAAGGUAAACAGUUUUGUCUUGCAAA